UAGACAUACAUAAAAUGACGUUCUUGUCCCUCAUCUGCUUCUCUUCCUCUUCUUCUUCCUUUCCUGAUUUCUCUGAAUUCUGAAUUCUCUCUCUGUAUAUUAUCUCUCUCUGUCAAAUCCAUACACAUAAAACAGGGAAAAUAUACCCAGAAAAUAUAAAAAUCCGAAAAAAUAGAACAGCUGCUUGAAAAAGGAGCAGUUUCAGGAAAAGAGCUUGGAUCCGAUACGUCGGACCCAUUUGCUAGCUCUUUCUCCCUCUGGUUCUUGAAUUUUGCUUCCUUCUUCUUCAUUUACAAGAGAGGGAGACCCACAUUCAUGUUUCUUCAUUGUUAAUCAUCUUCUUUUUUUUUUUCAUUCAAUACCCAAAAAGGUGAACUUAAUUUCUUGUGUUCAACUUGGAAUUUGCAUCAUCAAAUGGUACAGCAGCAACUCGCAGUGAGAUCGCACUGAGCUGAGUCAUAAUAAUGGGUGGUUGUGUAUCAACUCCAGCGAGCACAAUCAGGGCAGGGAAGAAACACCGUCAUCGCCAUAGAAAAUACCAUAGAAAGAAUUCAAACUCAGUUCUAGUAGGAACCAGGAAAAGAAACAGUGAUGCACGGGUGACAGAUAUUGCUGUUAGUGAGUUUGUUCAUACAACUACAACCUCUGCAAGAUCUGAGGUCUCCAGUUCCACAUUCCAUCUUACUCAGUUGCAGUGGCAACAUAAUCAAAUAGAUGCUAAUGUUAUUUGUCAAGAAGAAGCAUGGUUUGACACGCACAGCAUUUUGGAGUCCGACUCAGAUGAUGACUUCAGUAGUGUUCAUGGAGAUAUUUUCCCCAACAUGUCAAAUGGACAAGUACUUCAGUAUGAAACUUCAUCAUGCUUUAUGGAUAGCAAACUCAAGUACAAAGAAUACCAUGAGAAAUAUCUCAAGAUAGACGGCAGUAAAACAGAGAAGGUUUUGAGCAAAGAUGUAGUUCAGGAUCCAAAAGGACUUGCAGUUUUAAGUGCUCAAGACUAUAUUCCAUCGCUAGGGAAGGGUGAAGACCUUGGCACCAAAAAGAAGAAGAACUUGGAUCGUGCCUAUGCAAGUUUUAAAGGUGUAAAAAAGGAUAAAUUGCAGGAGAAAACUCAGGAGAAGGUGUUCAAGUCUGUCUUACCGAAGCUGGUUAGUUCAUUGAGUUUCAGUGACAAAACCAUUAGUGCAUCGAAUUCAGGCCUACAUUCUCAAGUAAAGAAAUCAACUAUUAUAAGGCUUUCUCUGAAGAGGACGUCUGUUGAUGGAGAAGAAAAGAACGAAUUUUGUUCUUCAAGAAAGUAUCUUGUCCGCCCCAGGGCUGGGCACGUAAUUCCUUGUUGCACAGAAGAAAAGCUCAUUGCAGGAAGUUGGUCAAAGAUUGAGCCCUCAAACUUUAAGCUCCGUGGUGAUAGUUAUUUCAAAGAUAAGAGGAAAAGCCCUGCUCCUAAUAUGUCUCCUUAUAUUCCAAUUGGGGUCGACUUAUUUGUUUGCCCAAGAAAGAUCAAUCAUAUCGCACAGCACAUUGAGCUUCCUUCUAUAAAAGGAGAUGGAAGAAUACCUCCGUUACUAAUUGUUAACAUUCAGUUGCCUACUUAUCCGGCUCCAAUGUUCCUUGGUGAUGCUGAUGGGGAAGGCUUGAGCCUUGUAAUAUAUUUCAAACUUUCUGAAAGUUUUGAGGAGGACAUUUCCCCCCAGUUUCAGGACUUCAUCAAGAGAUUCGUCGAAGAUGACAUGGAAAAGGUUAAAGGAUUUGCGAAAGAAUCAAUUAUUCCUUUCAGAGAGAGAUUUAAGAUUAUGGUUGGGUUGGUGAAUCCAGAUGAGCUUGUUUCAAGUGCAACCGAAAGGAAGCUUUUGAAUGCUUACAAUGAAAAGCCUGUGCUUUCCCGCCCUCAACACAACUUUUAUCAGGGCCCAAAUUACUUUGAAGUUGAUCUUGAUAUUCAUCGCUUCAGCUACAUAGCUAGAAAGGGGCUUGAUGCUUUUAGAGAACGUUUACAACAUGGAAUAGUUGAUUUUGGUUUAACAAUUCAGGCACAGAAGCCAGAGGAGUUGCCUGAGAAAGUGCUUGGUUGUGUUAGAUUGAACAAAAUUGAUUUUGUUGAUCGUGGCCAAAUACCCACGCUUGUGAGAGUUGAGGAAGAUUCGUGUUCAGAUUAAUACAACUAAUUACCCGCAUAUUGCAUGGGGAAGUAGAUGUUAGUGUAUCUUGAGCUCUAUGUAUAUAGCUCAAUUGUUUUGAAAAAUACACACAUUCAAUAUUAAAUACGCUCCCGUUGCUAUGAAGUAAUAGUGGAUGCAGUGGCACUCCGAACUCACUGACUUAACAUCCUUGAUUUGCUUCUGCACUCAAGCCAUUCCGACUUUCUAUAAUGAGAAAAAACAUGAGGAGAAUAAAGUUGCUAUCUGAUAGAUGAAUAGAAAGUUAUCAUGUUCAAUACGCUGACUCUGUAACAUCAAAAUUCACAGUGCAAGAUGGCUUGGCUGUUGUUAGAUAGGUUGCCUUCUGAAAAUCUGGUCUCGUGGACAAAGAUGAUAUCUGCAUAUACUGAAAAAAGGCUUGUAGAGGCAUCUGAGUUAAUACAUUUGAAUGGAGGAAGAUGGUUCGAGCCUUGAUAUUGUUGCUUCUAUUAGCAUUCUAGCUGUCUGUACUGAUAUUGUAUGCUUAGUUUGAUAAAAGGAGUGCUGAGUGUAUGAUCCCAUUGUGAGUGUAUGUACAAGGUUAAUACUCUAGUUUGCAUUGCCUUCAUUGAUGAGUAUGCUAAGCAUGGGAGAUUGAUUUAGGUCUGAGGAGAUAUAUUGGUUUCUUGGAAUGUUGAUACAUGGUUAGCUUUACAUGGAUAUGGAAAGAAGGCAGACUUUUCGCCA